GCCCGGCGCGGCGCGAUGCGUCACGGCGUGCGGCGCGCGGUGUGGCCGGCGUGGGUGCGCGCGGCGGGGAGCGCGCUCCGGCCGCCGCCGCCGCCCCGCGGGGCCAUGGCCGAGCCGGGCCCCGGUCGAGCCCGGGAGGAGCCGCCCCGCGGGGCCAUGGCCGAGCCGGGCCCCGGCCGAGCCCGGGAGGAGCCGCCCCGCGGGGCCAUGGCCGAGCCGGGCCCCGACCGAGCCCGGGAGGAGCCGCCCCGCGGGGCCAUGGCCGAGCCGGGACCCGACCGAGCCCGGGAGGAGCCGCCCCGCGGGGCCAUGGCCGAGCCGGGCCCCGACCGAGCCCCGGAGGAGCCGCCCCGCGGGGCCAUGGCCGAGCCGGGCCCCGACCGAGCCCCGGAGGAGCCGCCGCGCCCCGCCCGCAGCGAGGAGGCCGCGCCGGCCCCCAAGAAGCGGCGGCUGGCGGGCGGCGAGCGGUACGUGCCGCCGCCGCGGAAGCUGAACCCCGGCGUGAGCUUCGGCGCCGAGCACUUCGCCGAGACCUCGUACUACUUCGAGGGCGGCCUGCGCAAGGUGCGCCCCUACUACUUCGACUUCCGCACGUACUGCAAGGGGCGCUGGGUGGGCCGCAGCCUCCUGCACGUCUUCGGCACCGAGUUCCGGGCGCAGCCGCUCGCCUACUACCGCGCCGCCGCCCGCGCCGGCCGCCUGCGCCUCAACGAGGAGCCCGUGCGCGACCUGGACGUCGUGCUCAAGAACAACGACUUCCUCAGGAACACGGUGCAUCGGCACGAGCCGCCGGUCACGGCCCAGCCCAUCCGCAUCCUGGCGGAGGACGAGGAGGUGGUGGUGGUGGACAAGCCCUCGUCGCUGCCCGUGCACCCCUGCGGCAGGUUCCGCCACAACACCGUCAUCUUCAUCCUGGGCAAGGAGCACGGCCUGCGGGAGCUGCACACGCUGCACCGCCUGGACCGCAUGACCUCGGGCGUGCUCAUGUUCGCCAAGAGCGCCGCCGUGUCCAAGCGCAUCGACGAGCAGGUCCGGCAGAGGCAGCUGGAGAAGGAGUACGUGUGCCGGGUGGUGGGGGAGUUCCCCGAGCACGAGGUGCUCUGCGAGGAGCCCAUCCUGGUGGUUUCCUACAAGGUGGGCGUGUGCCGCGUGGAUCCCAAGGGGAAGCCGUGCCAGACGCUCUUCCAGAGGCUCAGCUACGACGGCAGCAGCAGCGUGGUGAGGUGCCUGCCGCGCACGGGCCGCACGCACCAGAUCCGCGUGCACCUGCAGUUCCUGGGACACCCCAUCGUCAACGACCCCAUCUACAACAUGGAGGCCUGGGGCCCGGACAGGGGCAAGGGCGGGAAGAUCGGCAAGACGGAUGAGGAGCUGCUGAAGGCGCUGGUGGAGGAGCAUCGUUCCAAACAGAGCCUGGAGGUUUUGGGAAUUGGGGAGGAGGACUUGAACUCCGCUGGUGAGAGUAAAGACUGUGGGAGUUCGGGUGACUGCACAAAGUCUGCGGAGGCUGAUCCUGUAAAUGGGAGUUCCUGCCCUGCUGAGGACGGGAAGGAUCCCGAGAGGAAUGAUGUAGCAGCUUGCCCACUGAACUCUGAUAUCAACCUGGAAACGCUCGAUAAAGACAAGGAGGCGUGGGGAGAGAAGGACCCUUUGUGCGUGGAGUGCAGGACGAGCAGGCGGGACCCGUCUCCCAAGGAGCUGGUGAUGUUCCUGCACGCCCUGCGCUACAAGGGCGCGGACUUUGAGUACUGCUCCAGCAUGCCCGAGUGGGCCAUGGAGCACUGGGAGCAGUGACAGGGUGUCACACCCGGCCCCUGGGGACACUGCUGGCCGGGACAGCGGCAUGCAGGCACCAAAGACUGACUUUGCUUUGUGGCUGAGGUGAACAAAGCGUGCCUUGAGCUGGGCUGGGAGGGAUCCGUGCGGCUGGAGAAUUGUCCUGCUUCCCACAGGUGCUGUGAAAGAUGAGCAGGGAAGCGAGGCUAAAACAGGAGUUUUGUGUUCACCUUUUAGUGAACUGGCACUUGAGGGCAACAAGGAACAAACUCUGCUCGGCACAGGCAGCUUUGCCUUCAGCUCAGUGGAUUCUGGAUCAAUUAUCCACAUGGAUAAUGAAGUGUAUGCACUAAAAGUCAAAAACUGAUUUUUCUUCCAGCCUGCUGUGUUCCUGUGUCUUACAGUAAGAGCUGCUGGAUGUCAUGUCAUAAAAAAACCCUGAUUUUAUUGUA